UUGGUAUUUGUGGGAUAUUAUUUAUUGGUUCACUGAGAUUUUAUUUACCUAGAUUUAUAAUGAAAUAUUUAGAUUACAUUUAAAAUAAGAUUAACUGAUUUACAAUCGAGCGGUUAAAGAUAAUAAUAAUCCUGUUAAGGCUGCAAUAUUCAACCAUAUAAUUUAAUUACAUCUGUUAUAUUCAGUGUCGAUUGGAUAAUAAAUAGAAUUUUGCAAUCCAACUAUGUACCUACAUUCCUUCAUAAAAAAAACGUGUUGGAUUGGAACCUAAUUAGACGAGAUCAGAACAAUUCCGAUAAAAACUUCAUUAAUUUUGGUCAUGGACACCCUGAAGUAAAGUGUAUAUUGUUUCUAACAUCCAAUUUUAGUUGAAGGACUUCUACAAUAACUCAUAGUUUUUAUAUCUGCACAUCAACUAUAGUAUAUAAAUUCCUAAAAAAAUGACCGAUUAUCAAAGUUGCACCACUAUACUUCCUCCUAUAGCCGAUCAAAAAUUAUUGCCAAAGAAUAGAAGAAUUAGAUCUCUGGUAGCCUAUUGGAUAUUGGGUUUAUGUAAUAAUUAUGGAUACGUGGUCAUGUUAACAGCAGCUAAUGAUAUUAUUGUUGAAAAUACUAAUGAAGAAGAGGUAAAAAGCAAAACUAGAGAAUGUACUUAUAUGUCGACUGGUAUAAUAUUGUUGGCAGAUAUUCUUCCCGGAUUAACAAUUAAAUUAAUUGCUCCAUUUUUACCAUUCUUUAUUCAUAUUCGAGUAAUCAUCUGUGUAUUAUUGGCAGCAGGUGGAUAUUUGGUGGUUGCUUUUAGUAACAGCCUUUAUUUAUCAAUUGUGGGAGUUGUGCUAACAUCGUUUUGUAGCGGAUUUGGAGAAGCUACUUAUCUUCAAUAUAGUUCCUAUUAUGACAAAAAUGUCAUUUCGACAUGGAGUUCAGGAACGGGAGGGGCAGGAGUAAUCGGAGCACUGUCUUACUCCAUUUUACAAAGACUUGGAAUGCGCACAACUCUAUUAAUAAUGUUAGUUAUUCCAUUAUCCAUGGCUAUAUCGUUUUGGAUCAUACUUCCCAAACCCUCAGAACAAGAUAUUGCGCAUGCUUUAGAAAUUCAGAAGAUUGUUAAUAACGAGGAAAUGAAAAAUCCUAAAGCGGCUAUAAAAAAGAAAUUAUCACUUAUUCCUGGACUUAUGAAAUAUAUAAUCCCAUUUUCUUUAGUUUACCUUUUUGAAUAUUUUAUUAAUCAAGGAACAUUUGAGUUGAUACAGUUCAAGGAUUCAUUUGUAUCCCAGCAAGCGCAGUACAGGUGGUUACAAGUAACAUAUCAAGUUGGUGUCUUCCUAUCUAGAUCAUCAGUUAAUCUAUUUCAUAUUAGACAGACUUGGAUAAUGACAAUAUUUCAGGGUAUUAAUGUUGUAAUAUUUACAACAGAAGUUAUAUAUUACUAUAUUCCAAAUUUUUAUAUAGUUAUUGCUCUCACUUUAUGGGAAGGACUUUUGGGAGGAUCUUCAUAUGUUAAUACAUUCUACAGAAUUUCUAGAGAGGUACCUGAAGAAAACAAACAGUUCUCUAUGGCAAUUACUACCUUCGGAGACAGCAUUGGAAUAGCAUUAGCAGGGGUGCUAGCCAUUUUCGCUCAUAAUAAAAUAUGUGAUCUACCUAUGCCAUAAUGUAUAUAAAGAAUGUAGAAAAAAAACGAAUAAAAAGUAUUUUUCUUUAU